AUGGAGGACAAGAUUUGGGGCCUGAGUGCCAGCAAUGCUUCUUCUUCCCUCCACUUCACUCUACCACCCAAUUUUGGCAAGUGUCCCACUGACCUGGCUCUCAGUAUCGUCUUAGUGCUUGUGGUCUUCAUUGUCAUGAUCUCCUUGGGGUGUACUUUGGAGUUACCUCUGGAAACCCAAGGGCAUUGCCAUGCCUUGGUCUCUCAGUAUGGAGUAAUGCUCACAGCCUUCGCUCUGGGCAAGAUCUUCCAGUUGAACAAUACCGAGGCCCUAGCCAUCUUGAUAUGUGGCUGCUCCCCAGGUGGGACCCUGUCCAACAUCUUCAAUAAAACAAAAAUGAUCUACACAGCUGUGAGUGACACUGCCAAAGAAGCAGGAGCAAGAACUCUAGGCGAUGGUACAAGUGUGGCCUAG